AUGUAUGGUGAUGUUUAGCUUGUAGACCUGAGCUCUAACAAACAGGGGUGAUGUUCAUGUUGUUGCAGUGGUAGAGGACUACACUGACUGGCAGCUACAUGCCCCCUGGGUCACCAAAUUAGAUGCUAGCUUGCUUGCUAGGCAGAACAGGCUGGGUGUGUGACAAGCAAGGCAGACUGUGAAUGAAUGCAGAGCAGACAACCGAACACAACCACAGGGGAUUCUAGUUUAAUAUAAAUUGUACAGUGACAAGGAAAGAGAAAAUUAUAGUGCUACCUUACCACUUUUUUCACCAAUGCCAUUAUAGCCCUUGCAUUUGAUUCGUUUUUGGAAAUGUAAUGUCGUUCCCAGACAUUUCCACCCAAAUGCGCGAAGAGUCUGGUGGACCAAUGCGUCAAACUUGGAGAAAUUCCUGGUGCAUAGGCAUUGGCUUAAUGGACUUACUUUACCAACCAAUCAUCUCCCACAACACCUUCACCCUAACCCUGCCCCGUACGUGUCUUGUGCACCUCAGUUUACUUACCCCUUGCAUUCAGCCUCACAGUCGUGUGAUUUAUUAAAAUGAAAUGAUAACAAAUACUUUACUCACUAGGUCACUCCAAUAGUAUUCUAUGUUCACUUCCAUUAAGGCCAACUUUGAAUCGUUGAUAUCCCAGGCUUAUAUGCGCUGUGCGCAAUAGCCUGGGGACGAGGUUAUUGGAAAUGCAAUAGUCUAAUGUACAUUGACUUGCAAUGUUAGCUUAGGUGAGAGAAGUUUUGGUGUGUGGUUUUCAGUCCUUUUGUUUUCUUCACUCAUUUCAGAUGCCCUUCCCAUUGAACUACAAGCACAGUCAGAGAACUCUGUGUUAAAGCACAAGAAAAACGUCAAGAUCUGGUUCAGUUCCCGCAGCCGUAAGGUGUGUUGUCGGGUAGAGAAGCCUGCGGAGAUACCACAACCAUCAGACCGUGAGACGGGGAGUGGGAAAGCAGCCCCAAGACCUCCCAACACAAUACCUGAGUCCAAGUUUAAAGACCUGUCUGUCUUUAACUUCAACUCCUCCUCCCUUUACUCGGGCUCCUCCUCUCCUCAGAGAGCGACUAAUGAUGACAAGAAGAAGAAGGCAACUAAAAAGACGAGAAAGUGGUGUCAGGAAGCCUGCAGCCGGGGGUUGGCAGAAACCAACGACACGUAA